AUGAUUUUCUACCCCAGAAAUGCCUCAUUAGUGCAUUUAGAUAACAUUUCUGUCAGUGCUGUGAGCGCUUCUAAUCAAAGCCAGGAAAUCACAGAUGAAAUGAGACUUAUCCAGGCUGUACUAAUGUCUUGUGUGAUUUGUGUCACCGGCGCUGGGAAUGCACUUGUCAUCCUGGGCUUCUUGGUCAACAAAAACCUAAGAACCCCAAGCAAUUACUUUCUUCUAAACCUUGCCAUCGGUGACUUCCUUACAGGUACAUUCUCUCUCCCACUGUAUUUAAAGAAUUUUAUUAUGAAUGGAAGUUGGGUGCUUGGAAAACAUGUCUGCAAACUCUGGCUUACAAUUGACUAUACACUGUGUCAGUGUACAAUCUGCAAUAUUGUUUUAAUUAGUUGUGAUCGUUUCCUGGCUGUUACCAAAGCUGUGAAAUACCGAGAUCAGCAGAAGAAAAUAAAACUGGCCUUUAUGAAGAUGGCAGCUGUGUGGAUUGUAGCGUUCCUAAACUUUGGCCCUGCAAUCAUUCUGUGGGAGUACUUUAUGGGAUAUAGUGUGGUACCAGAUGGUGAAUGCAAUCCUGAAUUUUAUUAUAGCAGUCGCUAUCUACUCUAUUCAUCCAUUUUUGAUUUCUUUACCCCAAUGACUGCUAUCGCAUUUUUUAAUCUCAGCAUAUAUUUUAAUAUAAGUGUACAGUAUAUAGCUGUGACUGUGCUGCCACCACUGCAUUUACAGACAGAGCUAGACUUGCAGACAGAACUUGCUAGAGUUGCACUUGUAACUCCAUAA